AAACAAAUUUUGAACCCAUUAGCCACUACACUAGUAUCUUUCCUUAUGUCAAGGGGAUUCAACAAUUUACACAUAACUAGGAAGAUUGGGUCUGCCAUAAUUGCACAGUAUAUUUUUUCAUUGAAGGAGGUCCAAUUGACUACAUUGUGAGAAACUAGUUCCGCCAUUAAAUAAAAGAUCUAACUAUCACUACCCAUUCUAAAUGGAAUUGUCUCCUAUAAAUAGUAAGUUUAAUUAAAUAUAUAGUUGAGCUGAUUGUUUUCAUCUAAAACUAGGGGUAAAGUAAAUUCCAAAGAUAGAAUUAAUGAGAGGAAACCGAUGAAGUGCUGUAUAAAUUCAAAUGUAUAUGUCAAGAAUGUUGCACUAUACAAGCAUUCUGCUGGUCAGGUUGCCAAUACUUGUAUUUCUUACAUUUAUUUUCAUAUGAAGUAUAGUUUUUAUAGCCAAAAACAGUUUGCUUUCUGGUCUAGACUUUGACAUUUCUUUUCUUUUUUGUUUUUCUAUGAUUUCAGACUUUCAUUGGUAUCAACAGAGUUAGAGAUUUCCAACUAAAUGUCAGUCAAGGAGGAGGUUGGGGAGAGUCUUGCAUUUGUUGUAUAUGAUGAGAGUGCAUCUACAAUCAAUGAAACUGGGCUUCAACUGUAUCCAGUUUCUGAGUAUGAAUAUGGUGAAGGUUUACCAUAUGCUCCUAUGGAUUGGCCAAAUGUUGGUGAUAAGUGGGGUUGGAGGACAGGUAGAAGAGCUACAAACUCAGGCACCUUCAAAGAUAGAUAUUUGUAUCUUCCGGAGCGUUUUCAGGCACCGAAAGAUGGAAAGAAAAAUGCCUUCCGAAGUAAGACUUCAGUUAAAAAAUAUCUCCAAUCUGAGUAUCCUGGUAUGGAUAUCGAUCAAUUUUUUGCCUCAUUCAGUUGGAUGAUUCCUUCAAAGCAUUCGCCAAGCUCUAAAGAUAUGAAAGAGAGGACUACAUCUGCAGGGACAAAAAUGCAGCCUUUGCUGUCUGAUUCUUCCUUCAGAGCCAUUACUUGUAAGGCUGGUAACCGAAUCUGUAGCAGUUUAGUAGCAGAAAAUCCUCUUAUGGAGACCAGAUUCUGUGAUCUCUGUUGCAGUGAGUCUGGUUUUUGCGGAGACUGUUGCUGUAUACUUUGCAGCAAGCUUAUCAGUCUGGACUAUGAUGGGUACAGUUACAUUCGCUGUGAAGCAACAGUAGUUUCUAGCCACAUAUGUGGACAUGUUUCCCAUCUAGAGUGUGCUCUACGAGCUUACAUGGCUGGGAGAGUCGGAGGAAGCAUCAAUUUGGAUGCAGAGUAUCUCUGUCGAUACUGUGAUUCAAAGAUGGAUUUGGUUCCAUAUGCUUUGAAGCUUUUAAACAUUUGCACAUCCAUUGCUUCUUAUGCUGACAUCGAGAAGAUUUUGAAUAUUGGCAUUCGCAUUUUGCGUGGCUCACAAAAAAGUAUUGCAAACGAAUUGUUGCAUCGUAUUGAAUCAAUCAAUGCAAAGGUAUAGCGCUAAUUGAUUAAUGGUACUUUGUUUCCUAUGAUGCUAUCUUUUUUCCCCCAGUUUUGAGGCUUACAGUUACUAGAAUGACCAAUUUAAUUAUCAUAUCAGCUUAUGAAAGGAGUCAGCAUUCAAGAUGCAUUCAAAGAGGAAAGUUGUGUGGAUAGCACUGGUAACUUCCCUGUCUUGUAAUUGUCUUGUUUGUAUAUAUGUAUUUGAGCAAGAUAUUUCAGUAUGUGCAAAUGUGGUUAUCUUGCUUUAAGCAUUGUCUAUUUCAUAAUACAAAUAUAUACAUCUAUGUCGAUUUCCGUUCUUCCCAUUGUCCACAAAUGCCAAAAACACUUGUUGCAACUAAACUGCAAUAUGACAAGAAAAUAAAAUUGGAGAGCCUUGUAAAAAGUACAAAAGAGGAAAUGAAUAGCUUACUUAAAAAGAGUUUGGAACUUUGGUGUAAUCAACCUAAAGAGAAAGGAACGGAUCACUCAUGGAUCUCUUGUAGGGUGGUGUUUUGGUCAAUUGCGUUAAUAACAUUUCCUGGCAUAGAGAGUUCUGCCUAGCCCGUAAGGCAUAGAAUUGAAUGUCACAUCCAUGAUUUGUCUCCCCACAUUAGUAUAAUUCUUUUCGAAUGUUAGUCAAGUUAUAAUUGGUUGACUGUUGAUUUCUUCAAGUCGGCUACCCUAGAGUUUAGACGAUUAGAUAAAACAACAUAUUGAAUAACGAUAAAGACAUAAAAGACACAGUUGACAAAGAAUUCUAUGCUAGUUCGGAUCACGCCUAAUCCAGUCCCCUUGAGUUACAAGCGUUUCCUUAGAGCUUGAGUGUUUAUGAUUAGAUAGAUGGCCUAUUCUGAACUCCUUGACCAGAAAAAUUCCAAUUUACUUGUCGAUCACAUCCUCUACUCUUAUAGUUUUCUUUUCACUAGUAAACUAUUUUGAAUACAGUGAUAAAAGAGUGACUAUGCUUUUGGUCAAGGGAAAUUGCGCUUCAAAGUAGUCGAAAGAUAAUCUUAUUCAUUCAGUACCCAAACUUUAUAUACUACAGAUAAAAACAACCUACAGCUAAACUUAACCUACUACCUGAAUUCCAAAACAAUAGGGGAGUCUAAAACAGUAUUAGUUACCGUAACUAAUAAUUACAUUAACUAAUGCUUAAUACUUCUGUGAUGAUGAUCUGCUUUUAUAUUGCUUGCUGCUUCUUUACCGUUGCUUGGACAGAAUGGAAUUGAUACCAAUUCGCUAAUCUUCAACUAAUCUAUGAUCUGGAAUGUCACUGAGAUUGAUCUGAGAAGAAGAGAAGUUGCGCAAUCUUCUUUUCUGAUUUUCAGUAUUUUGCUCUUAAUGUAACCCAAGGGAUUUUCUCGCUGAUAUUCAA